GUGGUUGAGGCCGGGCAACACGGGCCAGGCAGCAGGGGCUGGGCAACAGAGGUCGGCGAGCCCCAGAGGAAGAGGCCCUCACCAAAGAAGUGGACGCUGACCACACAAGAUGUGGCGGUCCGUGGUGGGACAUGGUGUGUCAGUGGCCUUAGAGGCCCAGGGUGAUGACUGGGACACAGAUCCGGACUUUGUGAAUGACAUCUCGGAGAAGGAGCAGCGAUGGGGGGCCAAGACCGUCGAGGGCUCCGGACGGGCCGAGCAUAUCGACAUCCACCAGCUGCGUAACCGGGUGUCCGAGGAGCACGAUGUCAUCCGCAAGAAGGAGAUGGAGAUGGGGCCCAAAGCGUCGUACGGCUACGGGGGCAAGUUCGGCACCGAGCGAGACCGGAUGGACAAGAGCGCCUUGGGUCACGAGUACAUUGCCGACGUGGGGAAGCAUUCAUCGCAGACGGACGCUGCAAAAGGCUUUGGGGGCAAAUACGGGGUCCAGCGAGAUCGGGCCGACAAGUCCGCCGUCGGGUUUGAUUACAAGGGAGAAGUGGAGAAACACGCAUCUCAGAAAGAUUAUUCCCGGGGUUUCGGGGGCCGCUAUGGAGUGGAGAAGGACAAAGUGGACAAGGUGGCCGUGGGCUUUGACUACAAGGGAGAGACUGAGAAACACGAGUCACAGAAAGACUACGCCGUGGGCUUCGGAGGAAAGUUUGGGGUGCAGAGGGACCGCCAGGACCAGUGUGCCGGUGGGUGGGACCACAAGGAGCAGGUCCAACCUCAUGAGUCCCAAACAGACUAUGCCGUGGGCUUCGGAGGAAAGUUUGGGGUGCAGCGGGACCGCCAGGACCAGUGUGCCAGCGGGUGGGACCACAAGGAGGAAGUCCAGCCUCAUGAGUCUCAGACAGACUAUGCCAUGGGCUUCGGAGGAAAGUUUGGGGUGCAGAGGGACCGCCAGGACCAGUGUGCCGGCGGGUGGGACCACAAGGAGCAGGUCCAGCCUCAUGAGUCUCAGACAGACCAUUCCAAGGGAUUUGGUGGCCGCUAUGGGGUCCAGAGGGACCGCGUGGACAAGAGUGCUGCUGGCUUCAGCGAGAUGGAGGCUCCGACCUCUGCCUAUGAGAAAACUACGGCAGUGGAGGCUGCGGCAUCCAGUGGGGCGCAGAGCCUGAGGGCGCGGUUCGAGGCCCAGGCCCAGGCGGCCGAAGCCGAGGACAGGAAGAGGGCAGAGGCGGAACGGGCCCGGCGGGCGGCCCAGGAACGGCAGGAGCGGGAGCUGGCGGCCGCCCGGGCUGCCCAGGAGUCCCCUGUGGCCGCCGAGCCCGCGGCCCCCCCAAGGGCCAGCGUCCCCCUACCUACCCCAGGGCCUCUGGCCCGGCCACCGGCUGGGGGAAAACCCUGUGGUGAGCCCAUUGCUGCCCCGGCUCCUCAGGACUCACCCCGUCAGCUGCCCCUGCCUGUGCCCCCGGUGCCCAUGGUGCCCCCGGGGAGGGGCUCCCUGCAGGACCGGGAACGUGAGCGGCUCCCAGUUCUGCCAGCCAGGCCGCCACUGCGGGAGGAAGAGCCCAAGGAGGAACCGGUGUACGAGCUGGAGCCGGAGCCCCAGGCCCAGCCCCAGGCCCAGCCCCAACCCCAGGCCCAGCCCCAGCCCGAGGAGCCGGUGUACGAGCAGGACCCCGAGAGCGAGGGCGACUACGAGGAUGUGAUGGACCCCCCGGAGCCGGUCUACGACGUGGGUGACGAUGACGUGGGUGACGAUGCCGAGGGGGACUACGAAGACGUGGAUGACCGGGCAGUGUCACCCCCUCCGGGACCCCCCGCCGGGCACGGGGAGCCCCAGGGAGCCGCACCCUCGGCCGUUGCGCUGUACGACUACCAAGGAGAAGGCGCUGAUGAAAUCUCCUUUGACCCUGGCGACACCAUCACCAACAUCGAGAUGGUAGAUGAGGGCUGGUGGCGUGGCUCAUGCCAGGGCAGAGUUGGGUUGUUCCCCGCCAAUUACGUCCAGCUUCUGCAGUGAACCCAGCCCGCUCUGCCCCCGCAGCCCACCCCCUCUUCCCGGCAGACUGCCUCUUCCCUGCUUCUUCUCCUCCGCCCC